CGGUGUCUGGCAGCACUGUGUUCCUGUUAGAGCCACCAGCACAAGCACCAGACGAUGCUGAUCCAGGUGAAGGCCCCAGUGCAGCAGCAACAGCACAUGAUGGAGACGAUGAUGAUGAGGAGGAGACCAUCUCUCUGGAUUCCAGAAGGCAUGAGGUAUCAUGGUAAGACUGUGAAAGUACUAUUUACUCUACAAUGGUGAGGAGUCCUCAUCAAAAUCAAAAAAUCUAAUUUCUUUUACAGGACCCAGAUGCUAUACAGUGGGAAAACCAGCCUGGCAACAUAGUGCGUAUUAAUAAAAGGACACCACAUCCUGCCAAAUUCCAGCUGCGCUAAUUGUAUUGUGUUCACAGAGCUCACAAGCUAUCAGAAAGUUGUAUGGCAACCACCUCCGGCGCCAAAUAGAACUGGCAGACAUAGACAUUCAGUACAAGAAGAAAAAGAUGGAAAAUCUUGCACUGGAGUCCGAAAUAAAAAAGAGGACAAUUAGGAAACUGGACCUUGAAAUAAAAAAACUUGAGAGGGAGGUGAGAUAUGCCUUCAAUGUACACUGUAUGCUAACUGUAACACAAAUGUAUUAAUCAUUAUUUGUAUUUCCUCCCCCAGCUCCAAGAAGAUGACACAGCUCAAAAUAAAAAUUAGGUAUAUUCUCGUAAAGUCAAGUGAGCCAUGACAUAUGAGCUCUUAUUGUGAGCACACAGGACGGUGGCAUCUUUCUAAGGUUUUUUUUAUUUUCCCAGCAAUCAGUACAACCAAGUCAUCGUUAUAAGGCAUCGCCCUCUUUUGCCCACCCCCCCAGCACCAGGUGUGGCCACUAGCCUAUAUGAAGGCCCAAAAUUGUGUGUUCCUUUCUGCUCUGACAAUGGCAUGCCCAUUCGUGCGAGAUGUGGUGGAUGAAGAAGCACUUGUGCUGAGGAGAGCCUUCAGGCGAGAAAGGGUCUUCAGGGACCGGUUGGACCCACUGGCCUUCCCUGAUGACCAUCUAUAUGAAAGAUACAGGUUUUCUGCAGAUGGCAUCAGGUAUCUAUGCAGACUACUGGGUCCCAGGAUUAAGCACCGCACUGCACGGAGCCAUGCACUGAGUGUGGAGCAAAUGGUUUGUGUGGCCUUGAGCUUUUUUGCUAGUGGAGCCUUCCUGUACUCAGUGGGGGAUGCAGAACAGCUGAACAAGGCCACAAUUUGCCGCACAAUAAGGAGUGUGUGUCUGGCUAUCAAAGCAUUAGCAGAUGUCUUCAUCUCCUUCCCUGGCCACAGAAGACUCUGUGACAUCAAAGAGGAGUUCUAUAGGAUUGCAGGUUUCCCCAAUGUCAUUGGUGCAGUGGACUGCACACACAUAAGGAUAAAAGCCCCUCAGGUGCCCAUGAGGCCGAUUUUGUGAAUAGGAAAUCCUUUCACAGCAUUAAUGUUCAGGUGAACAUAACUUUUUGAUAUUGUCCAUUGACGAACACUCUGCAUUGCCAGUGAUGUGCAUUGAUUGGUGUAAUAUUCCUCAUCUUAUGA